AAUAACAUGCCUAUAAAACCCUUUUCCUUUCCUCUCCCGGAAACGCGUUUUUUUCAUACCGAAAAGGAUGUAUACAAGUUCAAAUUCCACUACGGCACAAACUUUACCACGGAAGAUACAAAAAGCAAAGAACAUCUUUCAAAAGAAAUAGUGGAUUCAAUCAGAGCUGUCCUUGCAAAUUAUGAGAAUUUGCAUCCUUUUUGUACUGACCACUUAAUUGUAUUUCCAUGUCCCAAGCAAACAGAGCUGGGCAUAAUAAGGAAAUGUUGUCACUCCAGGGAUACUGAAGAACAGAGCGGCAAUCUCACUGAGAAAGACGAUGAUGAAGAUAUGAACCAUGAUGAGAGCGGCACUUUUUCAGAUGAAGCUGUUACACAGAAACCAAAGUGCCCAGACCAAGCAGACCAGGAUGAAUGCCCAUCUUCUGACUUCAGUGGUGAAACAGGUGGAAUUCUAAGAUUCCUUUCAAGGCUCAAUCCACUCCAGAUUCUAUUCCGUGGAUGGAAGCACAUUUAAUAUCAGCUGCCUCUGCCUGCCAUAAGCCAUUGCAGCAGUGCAUUUAUUAUGCUCGGAUUCAUUAUGCACUAAUUUCAUUUGUGACGGAUCAGAUGCCAUGGAUUGCAUUUGGAGUCUUUUCCUCUACUGUAUUCUGUUACAUUAUGCACUGUCAGUUCUAAAUUAAAAGUUAAUGAAACUGCUAAAACAUCCUCUUUUUGUUUUUGCUAGCUUACACACCCUAGGGGUGCCAGACUGUGCCAGUUCAUGAGGUGCCAGCUUCUCUAUCCCUUUUAUUCGCUUGACCGAUUGCAUAUGAGCAAA